CGCGGACUUCUCUUCUUCAAAAACAUUAUGUACAUAGUAAAGAAUUCCAAGAAAAUAACUCGAAAUCUUUAUCUGAAAGAAAUGUAACAUUAAAUUCUGCAAAUAAAGUUACAAAUCAAGCGCAAUUCUAAUUAGUCCAAAAGUCAAAGGAGAUUUAUAAUUCUAUAUUCACAGAAGUGUCAUGUUCUUGAAAUUUUCUAUGCGCGUAGUAUUUUUUUGUUUUUUAUUGCUUGAAUCUGAAAAAUAAGAAUAAAUGUUAUAUUUUAAUUAUUUUUUUAACAAACUCGUAAAUUUUCUCGAAAUAGACAUUAAAAAAAUAGUCAAUAAAACGCAACUGUGAUUAUAAUAAAACUGUGAUUUUAUAUAUAAAAUUAUUAGUAUUAGAAGAAUCUUCACAUUGUAACUAACAUCAUUAUUACGAGCUCUUUACAGAAAAAAAAUGAGUACAACUAAUCGUACAUGCAAUGAGUAUAUAAGUCCACGAUAAUUGGUUUCAAUAUAGAGACUCAUACUCGUUUACAGUAGAAAUACCAAUUUUUCAUUCGUUGCGUAAAGAUCUUCAGAUCAACAGAAUAAAGUCCAGCUUAUAAGUUUUUGAUGUAAAAUAUUGACCAUUUCCAUUAAUUUUUUUUCCUUUGUCAUCAAACGAUCUUUGUGUCACAGAAGCAUAGAAAAUAUCAUCAGUCAUUACAAUUUUACAUUUAUACUCAUUGUCAAAGAAAAUAAAAAACGAAUGUAUAGUCAUAAAUAUGGAUACAUCUACAUUAAUUAUGAGAAUUAUGUGUAUAACUUUGACAAAAGAUACGAAAAUAAAAAUCCAAAGCGUUUUACAUGCAACGCAAAAUCAACGAAAUAUCAAUGUCCAGUAACAGCUUGGUGUUCAAAUGAUGGUACUGUAAGAGUAGAAGGUACACAUUACCAUCCAUUACCUACUGGACACCAUCGAGCACCAGCUAUCGCUGAGAUUAAAGGACAGGCUAAUGGAACUGAUGCAUCACCCAAUGAAAUAGUCAAUAAUGUUUUUAUGGGUCAUCGUGAUAUUGCACUUUAUAUGCGAAUAGAAACAGCGCGGAACCAUGUUCAUCGCGAAAGACGGAGGUAUCGACCACCAUUGCCGCAGUCAUUCGAUCAGCUGGAUUUAGUUUUGUCCAAUUAUAGACAAGUGCAAAAUAUUUAUCAAGGCUUUGUUACUGGAGCUGAUGGUUCAAUUGCGUACAUCUUUGGUAGUAACGUAAUGAUUAAUAAUUUAGUUCACGCAUCAGAAAUCCAUAUUGAUGGCACUUUCCAGUCAAUACCUGACAGACCACGGGCAGAACAAUUAAUAAUCAUAUUAAUGAGGCAUAUUGGUAUUGGCAUUCCUGUAUUAUUUGCUUUGACGAAUCACAGAACCCAGGUAAUCUACACGGAAAUAUGGAGAUGGUUACUCAGAAAAUUACCAGGAUUGACAACAAAUUUAAAAUACGUAAUAUCUGAUUACGAGGCUGCGCUAAUGUCAUCAGUAAGAGCAGCAAUGCCUUGGAUAGAACAUAGAGGAUGCUGGUUUCAUUUUGCGAGAGCAGUAACAAGAAAAUGGACUCAGUUACAAUUGCCUCGAAAUGGGGAAAAUUGUUAUUUGCUUCAUUUAGCAUGGGUGUUACCCCUACUUCCAGCAAUUUUUUUUGAGGAUGCCAUCGAUUAUAUGGAUAAUCUAUCAACGGAUUUACAAAAUGAGAAUCAAAAAUACACUGAUUUUCUUUUAUAUUUACAUACAUAUUGGGAACCUAAAGCUCAUGUCGUGUCUGUAUUGACACAGCUUGGCGAACUAAUAAUGUUGCGGAAGGUUUUAACCGUCAUUUGAUAAAUAAAAUGGGCGGUAAACAUCCUUCAUUACAUAAAUUUUUAGGUCGAUUGAAUAAUAUAAUACAAAAUAGUGAAAUCCAAUACCAAAAAAUUAGUAACGGAUCUUAUAAAGCUAUAUGCUCUCGAUGGAUUGAACAGAUAAUUAAUUUGUAUAUUAACAAUAUACAAGAAGCUUUACGAAUGGGAAGGAUAUCAGUGUCACAGUUUUUGUGGGCAGCAGUUCGACGGAGAAGAUUAAAUAUGAAUUAAGAAAUGCAGUGCGUUGACGUUUAGAAAUAAGUUUUGAAGGCGUUUAUUCGUUUGUAAGAUAGACAAAUGUAUGUUAAUUCAGAUCAUUUUAAUAGAAAAUAUGUAGAGAAGUUUUACUUUGUAGAUGCCCCAUGUGCUGAAGCAAAAAAUUAUUUCUUACUUUCAAAAACAAUCAAAGAUUUUCAUAAUUUUACAAUGCGUUCUUUCGAUUAUAAAUUUAAAAAGAAGUUCUAUACAAACGUUACAAUACAUGAUAUAGGAAUGAAAGCUUGAGAUGAUAAUUAUAUGUUAGAAAAUGAAAAGAAAAAAUGAGGAAAAAAAAGAUUUUAAUAAAUUUUUUACUGCGCUUGUUUUGGUUUAUAGUUGAAAAUCAAAGUUUAACUUUAUGUGGUAAAAUAAUGAAAGAAAUAAAAAAAGAAAUGUUUGAAAAUCAGAUUCUGAUGUUUGUUAGAAAGAAGAAUUUAAAAUUAUA